GUGGAAAUAGGGGAAGGGGUCAGAUUUAUCCUGAUGGUAGCAAAAGUAACAAUACAGUUUAUAAUGCUACGGCAGGAGGGAUAAUAAGCAAAAUUUUACGAAAAGAAAAAGGGGGAUACGAAAUAACCAUAGUGGAUGCAUCGAAUGAACGCCAAGUAAUUGAUAUUAUCCCUCGAGGCCCAGAACUUCUUGUUUCAGAGGGCGAAUCCAUUAAACUCGAUCAACCAUUAACGAGUAAUCCUAAUGUGGGUGGAUUUGGUCAAGGGGAUGCGGAAAUA